AUGGCUGCUGUUUCCGUUACGAACCCAGCUCCUACCUUCGACCCCGAUUACUUUCCCGCUCGCCCCAAUGCCCCGCUAAAUGCUGGGCGCUACAAGAUCCUUCGCAAGCUCGGCGAGGGCGCGUCCUCCUCUUCAUGGAUUGUUCAUAACGAGCAUGGCGAGCGGGGUUACAGAUACCUUGCUGCGAAGAUCCUGACCGUCGACGCCACCAAACGCCACAGCACAGGCCACAUGCGCGAGCUCGAGUUCUUGAAGGAGAUUGAAGCUCGCAAUGACACCGACUACCUUCCCAUGUUGCGCGAUCACUUCUUUGAGCAUGGCCCCAGGGGAGAGCACCUUUGCCUGGUUAUGGACCUUUACAGCACCUCUGUCUCUGCUCUGCGUCGUUCAGCACCUAACAAAGCGCUGCCGCCUUACAUGGUGCGAAACAUCGUCAUGAUGCUCGUGGAGGCGCUCGUACAGCUGCACGCGAUGCGUAUAGUUCACACAGACGUGAAGUUAGACAACCUACUCUUCGGUAACUCGCUCUACCCUUCGGAUGAUGGUCUCAGCCGCUUCCUCGAGUCCCACCCGGCCGAGACAGACGGGAGCUUCGAGCUUGACGGCGAGAGCUACCCUAUCCUCAAGUCUCAACCAAUCCCGAACGGUCAUUCUUGGGACACCAGCGCGUUCGAGGCGGAGAAUGUGAUCAUCUAUCUAAUGGACUACGGUCAAGCUCAGCGUGCUGGCGAGCAGCCCACCGCCGACUGCUUUGGCGCGUACGCCCUUCGCACGCCCGAAACAUUUGAGCUCCUUGUGGGCCGUUGGCUCUUCCACCCAGAUGAGGGUGAGGACUGGAGCUUAGAGGAUGACCACCUCGCUAAAAUGAUCGAGAUUACCGGCCAACGCUUUCCCGUGUCAUUGCUCGAGCGUGCGCAGCGCCGGAAGGAUUACUUCGAUGAUGCCGGUAAUCUCCUGCACAUAUCAGAGCUGAUACCCGUCAGUCUGGAAACCGCGAUAGCGAACUACAAGGUACCGGGCCUGUCGGAGGACGAAAUCAAGAGGGCGGCCGACUUCAUUCGCGCCUGUUUACGUUUCGACUACGCGGAACGCGCUACAGCGGAGGAGUUGCAAAAACACGAAUUCCUGGCAGGUGCCUUCAAGUGUUAG